AUGGCGGCUGGAGACACAGCUUUGUGGCUCCACAACAAAUUAGGAUCGACUGACGAUUUGUGGUCAGGGAAAAGUAUUUGUUCACAGCUGUCUCGGGAAAAAUUGAUUAAUAUUCAAGACUGCUUUCACGCAUUGCAGUCUCAUGUGAAAGUAAAGCUCUUACUGUCAUUCAUUCACAUUCCUCGUCGCAAUAUUGAUCAGUGGCAGGCCGAUAUUGAGGAAAUAAUCUCACUUGGAAUUGGUGAUCCAGAUCCAUGGGUUGCCACGAUUGGAGAGAUAUUACGCGAGUUUCCUGCCACGGGUGCUUUACUGUUAGUGGAACAAGAAAGCAGGGCGGACUCCAACAUGCUGGCCAGCUUAGAGGAAAUGAAAGUGCUCGCUCAGAAUUCCACAGUGUGUAUGAUGCCACUUGACUGUCAAUACCUCAACAAGGCAUCACUGACCGCUGCAGCAGGACACAUCCCUGAGCCUUGCAAGCAUUUCACAGUGAAACGAAGACCUAAAUCUGCAGCUCUUAGGGCUGAGAUUAUUCAGAAGUCCUCUGAAACGCUCAUGAAUAAAAGGAACCAUGCUUCUAGCUCUGUACCAAUCAAAUCAAGAAGCUUUGCUAAAAAACUGGACAUAACACCCAUCAGAGGCACACCAACUCGUUCAUCCCUGGAUAGCACAGACUUUAGAUCUCCAGGUAGCUCAGUUCAUUUGAAUACCUCCCUCAGCCGUUCGCCAGUUACUGCACUGCCACUGACUCCCAGACCUGGCUCGUCUAAAAAGGAUACUAAAAUCAAGCUUCUUGAAAUAGAGGACAUGCCAGUCGGUGCUAAAGAAGCUAAAAGACGAAAGAAAAUUGCAGAUAUGGCCCAGGAGACCCAGAAAAAAGAAAAAGAAAAGGCAGCAGCCGGAGCUGCAACAACUGCACCAUCAGCUACUACUACCACUACCACCACUGCAGCUCCCCAGACGUACACUCCAGACUAUGCAGCAGGUCUGAUUGCACCAGCAGCUCCAAAAAUGCCAAUUACAGUUUUAAGCGUGUCAUCCUCAUCUCUGCCUCAGCCGUCACCAGCAUAUUUACCUACUUCUGCAAGACAGAACACAGUUGCCUCUACUCUUACUGCUAUCACAAGCUUACAAGUGUCUUCUACGGCCAUGAAACCGAAUCUCUCAACACAGCUGAAACAGCAGCUGAAACAGCAAUCUCAGAAUGGGCAGCCCUCCACGCCACAGCCUAUUCCCAUGAUGACACCAAUCCUCAUUGCCCAGAAGUUUACAAAUACCUCAAAUCUGGCUGCAGCACCAGCUGGCACUGCUGUGUCGGCAAGUGCAGUGACCCUGUCACCGACCGUUCUGCCCACGGCAGUAGUACGACCGCAGCAAACUAUGUUUGUACAGCAGGGUGUAAGAAUAGCUCAGCCGCAGAUUCUGACUGUCCAACAAUCUCCGGUUCAAACACCGCUAGCACCGUCUGACAGAAAAAAUCUUUCUCUUACCAAAGAACAGAUGAUGGAGGCCCAACAAAUGUUCAAAGUGUCAAACAAAGUAUCAAGACCAGAAAAAGCUCUAAUUCUAGGAUUUAUGGCUGGAUCCAGAGAUAACCCUUGCCCUCAGCAGGGAGAUGUUUUGAACAUUAAACUUGGUGAAAAAGAGGAAGUUACGGAGUUGUCAGAUGGAAGUAAGAAAGUCAAGACUGAAGACACCUACUUCCAGAUGAAUUAUGCAACAGGGGAAUGGAAAAGAUUUCAGAAACUCAGAGAAACAAUUGUACGAGAAACAAGUGUAUCUUGA